GAGUGGUGGGGGGUUCGGUGCCUUGCUCAAGGGCGCCUCAUCUGUACUCAGUAAGUGCCCUGGCACCUCUCCAGCUACAAGACUAACUUCCAUAUUAUGGUCUGCAUUGGGACUUCAACCUGCGACCGUCUGGUUCCCAACCCAAGUCCCUACGGACUGACCUACUGCCGCCCAAUCAUGACAGUUUCAUAAAACCAAAUCCCUUUUUUUAUCAUGGAAUAAGAAAUACUCUUGAAAAGUAUUUGGAUUAAUGUUGGCAAUGAAGCUGACUUUUUCGCACUGCUUAACUAUUCAGCCAGCACUAGAUCAAUAUUACAGAGUGAGAGUGAUGACUGAACCCCCUUCUGGUUUAAAGGAUGAGCAGAGGAGACGAAGAGGAUGAAUGAUACAUCCAGAUGGGGAGAGAGGAUGGAAAGUGCAGGUCCAGCACGUACAGAUAAAAUAGCUGCAGAGCCUCUGGAGAGAGACAGCCGGACUUGGAUGAAAGAGAUAAUGUCAGAGAGGCGGAGGAAGAGCAAGGGAGGAGAACACGAACAAGUGAUUGUGAACGGUGAUUACUGUAUGACACUGCAGACAAGAUGCACAUCUGCCUUCUCUCCUUUUUCCUGAAAUAUAUAACAGUCCUGCGUUCUUCUGGAGUCAACUCAAGAUGACGUUGAAGAUAAGGACAUCAUCGAUACUCAUGACUGUAUUUUCUACCUCUUCUAUGCCGUCCAUCUUUCAUCAAAACAUGAAGGUCAACGUAUCCACACAGUCAAGCUCCUGGCUGAACAGCAGCAGUGUGCCAGCAUUCAGGUCUUCAGGUUUAGGCAUGUCCUGUUUCACCAUGAUAUUUGGAGCCAUAUCUAACCUCACAGCUCUGGGCAUCCUUGUUAAGUCUCGGGUCCGAUUUCGCCGCCAAUCCAAAGCACCUUUUCUGUUGUUGACUGUGGCUUUGCUUUUGGCUGACCUGGGAGGUCAUGUGAUCCCAGGUGCCUUUGCUUUGUAUUUGCACAUGAAUCAGAGGAAUAAAAUGCAGGCAGGGAAGCCCACCAAGGAAUUCUGUCAGAUCUUCGGGGCAAGUAUGGUGUUUUUUGGCUUGUGCCCUUUGCUGUUGGGUUGUGCUAUGGCAGUAGAUCGCUGUGUAGCCAUCACCCAGCCAUUUUUUCAUGCUGCUAUGAUCAAAUUGACUCACAUGGUGCGAGUUGUGUUUUUUCUGUCUUCUCUUGCACUUUUUCUAGCAGUUCUGCCUUUCUUUGCUGUGGGGACUUACACUGCCCAGUACCCGGGAACAUGGUGUUUUUUGCCUCUCCAUGGGUCAAAGACUGCAGCCGACACCAAUCUGGCCCUGAUCUUCUCAUGCCUCGGUCUCUCUGCUCUCACUCUUUCUCUUCUCUGCAACAUACUGAGUGGCCUGGCAUUGCUGAAAGCCAGAAUCAAGUCCCACACAGUUAACACAAAAGCAAGAGCUCAACGGACUCGCCACCCAUCAUCUGCAUCGUCUUCCUCCAUGUUUUGUUCGUUGGAUCUGGAGAUGAUGGUGCAGCUGGCGGUGAUCACUGUGGUUUCCUGUGUGUGCUGGAGCCCUUUUCUUAUCCACAUUCUUGUAAUACAGUUCAAACAAAACCCUGCAGUCUCAAGGGAUGGGUUCAUUCUUCUGGGCUUACGCAUGGCCUCCUGGAACCAGAUCUUGGACCCCUGGGUGUACAUCCUUCUGCGGAGGGCAGUGCUUUUUAGAGUGUGCUGUGCUUUCUACUCUCAGAGAGCCAUAGUGACAGAAAACAGCUCCUAUGCAGAGACACACAGGCAGGCCUUCAGUCUGCAGUGACAAUAUUGCUUUUGAACUUUUUUGACUGAAAUAAAUUAUUUGUUUUAUGUAUGUCAUUAAAAAAAAAAAGCGUUUCAUAACUUUGUUUUGUUACUUUCAUGAGCACUUGGUAGACAAUAGUUUGUAAGAAAGCAGCAUGAAUGUGGGAUGGACAAACUUUCACUAUACAUUUCACAACAUUUAGUUAGUAGUCAAAGCCGAUGCUACUAUCAAUAGCAGCCACCUGCAAAUCUAGUGGUUGGGAAAUUU